UCUUAUUUUGGAAGUGACCGCAAAUCGUCUACAUCUUUGUCUCCGUCGCUUCACUUCUUAUGAGCUGGCGGCCGUCUGGCAGCUGCAGUGCAGAAUAAAGAACACUUGUUUUACUGUCGGGCGUGUGACGUGACGUCUCACCAUGGCUUGACCAUCUUUGCGCCGACGGACCGCUUGCUUCAAGCCGCAGCGAGAAGAAUCCUAAAAGGCGAGAUGUUCCGAGCUCCCUGCAGCGGCACACGAACAACACCGCCGCCGAUACCGGUCCGGGGACACCGCGAUGCUGUUCAAACGGAGAGCCAGGAUGUUGCGAUGGCUGGUGUGUGGUCGUGUGGGUCCCGUGUGGAUGUGGAAAGCGUUGCUCGUCUUCGUUGCCAUCGCUUUCGCUGGCCAACUGCUGGGAAUCAUCUUCAGCAAGAGCAGCGCCCAGUCGGUCGCCCGCUCCAUCUUCUCAUCCCCUGAUGCCCAGGGUCCUUCCCUGGGCUCCUGUGGUGCCCACACUCACAUCAUGUUCCUGAAGACUCACAAGACGGCCAGCAGCACCGUGCUCAACCUGCUCUAUCGCUUUGGGGAGGAGCGCCGCCUCCGCUUCGCUCUGCCGCUAGGCUACCAGCUCGGUUACCCCCUGCCCUUCAACGCUCACAGGGUCAAAGGUUACAGAUGGCCCGGCGCCGAAGAGUUCCACAUCAUGGCCAAUCACAUGAGGUUUAAUAAACCGGAGGUGGAAAAGGUCAUGCCUGCAGAUACCUUCUACUUCUCCAUCAUUCGGGAUCCCGUCGCCAUGGCGGAAUCAUCCUUCGCUUACUACAAAGAAGUCGCUCCUGCAUUCCGGAAAGCCAAAACCUUGGGCGAUUUUGCUGACGAUCCUUGGAAAUACUAUGACCCGCGUGCUCGGAACAACCACUACGCCCGCAACUUGCUGUGGUUCGACUUCGGGAUGGACCACAACGCAAAUUUUUCUGUUAGCUUGGCACGUCGCGGCGAGGCAUUAAUCCGCCACAACUUCAAGCUCGUCCUGAUGUCGGAAUUUUUUGACCAGUCCAUGAUCCUCCUCAGACACGCCCUCUGCUGGCCACUGGACGCCGUCGUCUCAUUUAGCCUUAACGCUAGGCAGCAGAAGCCUGGUGUCGGCGUCGGGAUUAGUGAAACCUGGGUGGGGAAGAUCAGAGGCGCUGGCGGACAAGGCGGCGGUCGUGGACGUUCCCAAAGCAAUCCAGUUCUAACAGAGGAUCAGCGGGUCAAGCUUCGCCAAUGGAAUGCCUUAGACUGGUUUUUAUACGACGCCUUUAACCGAACCUUCUGGGAGGACGUGGACAAGUUUGGUAAGUCACGCAUGGAGCAGGAAGUGGGUCUCCUCCAGAUGCGGCGAGAAGCGCUCGCACGAGUUUGCCUCAGGGACGGAGGUAAGCCCGUGGAGGCUCACCGCAUCCGGGAUAAAACAAUACGACCGUUCCAAAGUGGAUUAGUGAAAAUUCUGGGCUACGAGCUGCAACCGGGUCUGAACAACGCCACAAGGACGGCGUGUCUGAGGAUGAUCCGACCCGAGAUCCAGUACAAGGACGUGCUGGACGCCAAACAGUUCCCGCGAACUCAAGGACAGCAAGCUCCAGGAUUUGUAAUGAAACCAAACUCCUCCAGGGUGUCUGGGGGGAGAACAAUAGGUGAUGAGGUGGUGCGGGACUGGGACAGGAGUCGAUUAACAGACCACCAAAACCAGACGGAUUUUGGACCGGUAAAGACUAAAAGACGAAAGUUUGAACCGGUUUGAGCCAAAACAAAACCCUAUUUUGCACUACCACAUUGUAAUUGUUCACUUAGCAUCAUUCUUGUCCUUUUGGGAUGCUAACAAGACGGGAUGUCAGUAAUAAUACUGAACGUUAUUAUUGUUAUUGCACACUACUGGUAUUAUUUGACAUCCUAAGCCUUUACAUCAAGUACAUUAUUACAGCAGAACCUCCACAAAGUCACACAAUUACCAAAUUAGUGCUUGCGGUAUUCGGAGAAAAAAGUUGUAACAUAACAAAAAAGUCAAAGUAUCAUGAGAAAAAAGUCGUAAUGUUAUGAGAAAAAGUGAAACUGCUGUGAAACUCGUAAUAUUUCGAGACGUAAAGUCAUAACCUUACGGAAAUAAUGUCAAAAUAUCACAACACACGGUUGCAAAGUUAUGAGAUUAUAUCAGAAUGUCAAGAAAAUUAAAAGUUGCAACAUUGCAAGAAUUAAGUCUUAAUGUUACAAACAUCUUUCAAACAUUCAAAACAUUUUCAGGACUUAUGCAGAUCCCAAAUACGGAUCAGCAGGUACCAGAUGGUAAGAAAAGUUGCUUUUGCAUAAUUUUGCAAAACAAAACGCCAGAUAAUAUGUCUUCCCUUAUACACACACGAUAAUAAUACUCGUAUGUUUAAUGCGGCGACAAUCCAUCAAGCGGUGCGGUUUCAUAGCUUACCAAAGUCGUACUAAAACAUUUUGCUAGAGUUUUGAGCUCCGUGUGUAAUGUUGUAUUAUUGUAUUGUAUUAUAACAUGUACAAUUUUGGUGUUGUUUACUUGAGUCAUAUUGCAGUCUACACAUAUCUCUUAUGUGUGACUGUCAUCUACUGGUCACACUUAUCAUUACACCAGGUACCAAAAAGAAAUUGCUUCGAGGUCGGUAAGCAAAGCCAGAAUUAUUCCGUACAUUAGGCGCACCGGGUUAUAAGGCGCACUGUCUAGUUUUGAGAAGAAGAAAAAAAUGAUUUUAAGUGCGCCUUAUAGGCCGGAAAAUACGGUAAAUGUUCCGUUACACCUCUAAGGUACCAUUGUUUGUCAUUAUAAAUACAUAUAGGACUGUAAAAAGCAAAUGAUAAUGUGAGAAUAAAGUAAAACAUUUUUAAAAAAUGACAAAAAAAUAUAUAUAGUAUGUUAUAGACAUCAUCUACGAAAAAGGCAUAAAAUGACAACAUGGGGUUAAAUAUUUUUUAUUAUUAUUAUAUUAUUAGAAUUUAUUAUUUAUUAUUAUUAUUAUAAAAGUUUGUCAAAUAAAGUGAUGUUGUUACGAUAACAAUAUUAUAACCACCAUCUCAAGUAGUCAGGUUAUCCGAAUAAAGUCAGUAUUACAAAAAUAGCAAUCUGUAAAAUGAGAUUUAAUUGUAAACUUUUUCUCGUUACAUUACGACUUUAUACUCACUAUAACAUGUUGACCAUGUAAAAUUAUGGCGUUUGUUGUUUAUUUAGAAUCAAUGUUAUUGUUUCAGUGGGGCCCUGAAUUUUUUAAUUUUUUUUAAAUAUUUUUCAUUUAUUGUAUACGGCACUACUGAACAGUUGCACUGGAAAGGAAAUGUGUGAUGACAGCCAUACAACCAAGAUUACCGACAUCAUAGGUUCUGUUGUAAUAGUGUGGUGUUCAUGGUACUUUUUACAUAAUUUUCAACAGUUUAUUUAUCGCAAAAGGUACGCUUUGUAUUUGUUUUUGAAAGUGCCUGUUGUGUUUUUGUAUUUUUUAUGAAAAUUGCUUUAAAAUGUACAAAAACAAACAAAACAAUAAUGGUAAAAUGUUUUUUUUCCGAGAAUGCUAUAAAACAUGACCUCCAGUAAGUACGCUCUGCAGUUGAGUAAUUAGGCCAUUUUACAUCAUUACCACAUCAAUCUGAACAUUAUAUGAAAUAAAACAUACAAGUAAUUUUACAUUUCUUAACUAACUUGUAAAAAUGCAAUGUAUUUAUUUGUUGCAAUUGCAAUGAUGUUAAAUUAUUACAAUACAUAUUCCUGAUUGAGGAUUUGCUGCAUUUUUACUACGCUAAGCCAGUAAUUUAUAGAUGCUGUACAUGAUAGUAGUACAAAACCCAAAACCAGUGAAGUUGGCACGUUGUGUAAAUUGUAAAUAAAAACAGAAUACAAUGAUUUGCAAAUCCUUUUCAACUUAUAUUCAAUUGAAUAGACUGCAAAGACAACAUAUUUAAUGUUCGAAAUGAGAAACAUUAUUUUUUUUUUGCAUCAGUCCAUCUUGGAUGAGCUCGGAAGCCGGGGGCGUUUCUGGGUGUUGUUGAUAAAUGGCUUUGGCUUUGCAUAGUAGAAUUUUAACUUGCACAUACAGAUGUAGCGACCAACUGUAAUUACUGACAAUGGUUUUCUGAAGUGUUCCUGAGCCCAUGUGGUGAUAUCCUUUACACACUGAUGUCGCUUUUUGAUGCAGUACCGCCUGAGGGAUCGAAGGUCCGUAAUAUCAUUGCUUACGUGCAGUGAUUUCUCCAGAUUCUCUGAACCUUUUGAUGAUAUUACGGACCGUAGAUGGUGAAAUCCCUAAAUUCCUUGCAAUAGCUGGUUGAGAAAUGUUGUUCUUUAACUGUUCAACGAUUUGCUCACGCAUUUGUUCACAAAGUGGUGACCCUCGCCCCAUCCUUGUUUGUGAAUGACUGAGCAUUUCACGGAAGCUGCUUUUAUACCCAAUGAUGGCACCCACCUGUUCCCAAUUAGCCUGUUCACCUGUGGGAUGUUCCAAAUAAGCAUUUGAUGAGCAUUCCUCAACUUUCUCAGUCUUUUUUUGCCACUUGUGCCAGCUUUUUUUAAACACGUUGCAGGCGUCAAAUUCCAAAUGAGCUAAUAGUUGCAAAAAAUAACGUUUUCCAGUUCGAACGUUAAGUAUCUUGUCUAGUGCUUCCCAUAAACUGCCAAGAUACCUGUGGUGGUGGGGGCGUGGCUAUGGGCGUGGUCACCAUGACAUCAUCGAGUAAUUUGCAUAAUUUAUUACAAUUAUAUGAUUUUGUCUAAAAAGGCUCAAAAAAUGUAUACUUACUAAUUAAUAACAGUUUUGUUUUAAACGUCCAUCCAUCCAUCCAUUUUACAAUAUAAUUACAACACUUUAUGUACAUAUUUAUAUACAGAUUUGAACAAUAAGUUAUUCACUGAAAUAUAUUUAUUAAUUGUGGUUCUUACAAAAAAUAUAUCUUAUAAAAUAUAAAAGCUAAAAUGUCUCUUAAAGCUCUGCCCCUUUAAUUAGUGCAUACUAAAUAAUUUAACUUUAGCCUACUACUACAACCAUAUUAUUUACCAGCAACAUAAAGUGAAACAGAGGCAGAGGUGUCCUGCCACAGUCAGUAACAAAUAAACAGAAAACAGUAGUGGUCAAAUACAAAUAAGGCAACAAGAGAAGUAUCCUACACUUCUCUUUUGUAAAGUAAAUCUGAACAGCCUAUAUGGGCAUCUACAUCAACUAUAUGAUUUGCCUGAGAAGCUGGACAGGACAAAAAAAAAAAAAAAAAAUAUAUAUAUAUAUAUAUUUUUUUUUUUUAAAUUUGUGGCGGACGUAAUUCUUUCGUGGCGGGCCGCCACAAAUAAAUGAAUGUGUGGGAAACACUGCAGUCUAUUCAAUUGAAUAUAGGUUGAAAAGGAUUAGCAAAUCAUUAUAUUCUGUUUUUAUUUACCAUUUACACAACGUGCCAACUUCACUGGUUUUGGGAUUUGUAUAUGAUGAAAUGUACUGCAUACAGUAUACGACCUAACCAUGUGUGCAAGAUGGCAGCGUGUGGCUACGGAAGCACCAGGUUUUAGAGUCUUUCUAUGGUACGAUCCGACCUCAAAUCUUCGUUAAUGGAAUGAAAACAGGCAAACGGUGUGGAUGAUGUAGUUACUGAAGGCUCGACCGUGACUUCGAUUCCAACUCUUCUGUCGACCGUCUUUCAUUACCAUGAAGUGAGUGAGAGUGAAUCCCUAUGCACUUUUGACAUGAAGUAUGUCAGACAUAAACCUCCACCUGGAUUACAGUUAAGCUGAAUUACAAAUGAAGAAUAGUCAAUUUAUUGCAAAUACUGAUCCGAAAUUGAAGGGAAAUGUCAAUGUCAAGCUAGCAGAAGGGUUUGGAAGAGGUAUGUCAAACGCCACCCGUCACAAAUACCAAUUUAUUAUGAUAUACAGUACAUGCCAAAAGUUUGGACACACCUUCUCCUCAUUCAAUGCGUUUUCUUUAUUUUCAUGACUAUUUACAUUGUAGAUUGUCACUGAAGGCAUCAAAACUAUCAAAUGAAAUAAUUGAAAACAUGUUUUAUAUUCUAGUUUCUUCAAAAUAGCCACCCUCUGCUCUGAUUGCUGCUUUGCACACUCGAGGAGCUUCAAGCACACCUGUGAAUUGACUACCAUUUCAGGUGACUACCUCUUGAAGUUCAUCGAGAGAAUGCCAAGAGUGUGUGAAAAAGUCAUCGGAGCAAAGGGUGACUAUUAUGAAGAAAUCUAUUUGGACAAUCUACAAUGUAAAUAGUCAUGAAAAUAAAGAAUGAGAAGGUGUGUCCAUUUAUAUCAUUUUAAGUUGAUAUUUGUGUGUUUUAAAUAUGUUGUAUCAAUAUUUAAAAAUGAUAUUUAAAUAAUGUCUGGUAGUUUCUGCUGUUGAGUCAAUCAAAGGGGCCACUAUUAGAGUAUAAUAGUUUACGUUUGGAAAAAGCGAUCUGUAAUGCAUUCAUGUAUUUUUUUUUUUUUUUUGAUGGCACAAUUGCGUUUUCCAGAAACGCCAACAAUGCUUCCAUUGAUAAUCUUUGUCCAGUGGAAUGUUCUAGCAGUCCGAGUUAUUGGGUGUCACCUUACAGCGGUCGGUCAGUGUGCAACAAAGGAUCUUUUUUUUUUUUACCCACUUUUGGAUUUUUUAAUCUCGACUUGUUUGAAUAGUGUGUUACAGCAAUACUACGAACACACACUUGUUUUCCCCAAACAUCACAACAUUAUUCCUCAUAUUGCGCAUUUUCUUUUAAAUAAUAACCGUACUGUAUUUGUUCGAGGGAGAAAACUGAUGAUAUACCCAAACAGUGCCAAAAACAAUGUCCUUUUGUUUCCCUGAAUUACUUUUCAAGACACAAUAUUAAUAAAUAUUAGGGCUGCGAAUCUUUGGGUGUCCCACGAUUCGAUUCAAUAUCGAUUUUUUUUUUUCAAUUCAACACGAUUCUCGAUUCAAAAACAAUUUUUUUCCCGAUUCAGAACGAUUCUCUAUUCAUUCAAUACAUAGGAUUUCAGCAGGAUCUACCCCAGUCUGCUGACAUGCAAGCAGAGUAGUAGAUUUUUGUAAAAAGCUUUUAUAAUUGUAAAGGACAAUGUUUUAUCAACUGAUUGCAAUAAUGUAAAUUUGUUUUAACUAUUAAAUGAACCAAAAAUAUGACUUAUUUUAUCUUUGUGAAAAUAUUGGACACAGUGUGUUGUCAAGCUUAUGAGAUGCGAUGCAAGUGUAAGCCACUGUGACACUAUUGUUCUUUUUUUUAUUUUUUAUGAAUGUCUAAUGAUAAUGUCAAUGAGGGAUUUUUAAUCACUGCUAUGUUGAAAUUGUAACUAAUAUUGAUACUGUUGUUGAUAAUAUUCAUUUUUGUUUCACUACUUUUGGUUUGUUCUGUGUCGUGUUUGUGUCUCCUCUCAAUUGCUCUGUUUAUUGCAGUUCUUAUUGCAGUUAUUGUUUUGUUGGAUUGAUUAAUUUAAAAAAAAUGUAAAAAAAAUUUGAUUUUUUAAAAAUGAGAAUCGAUUCUGAAUCGCACAACGUGAGAAUCGCGAUUCGAAUUCGAAUAGAUUUUUCCCCACACCCCUAAUAAAUAUAUAUAUAUAUAUAUAUUUUUUUUUAACUAAGAUUGCUGUAAAUAAAUACAACUGUUCAUUAAUCCUUAUUGCUUUAUUCUUCCCAAUAGAGUCCAGGAUUAAGAACAUGCAUUUUAUGUACAGUGCUCAUGUGGAUAUGAAAUGAUUUAUUACAUUGUAUCACUGAACCCCUUAGAAUAAUAAUAAUAAUGAAGAAAAUGCUGUACAUUGUACGUAUAAACAGUAUACUGUGGGUUUGGACCUUACUUGAAGCUUCUUGUUGAGUUUUGUUGUAGAUUAAAGAUCUUUUGUGUGCAUUGUUUGAUUUUCUUAUACAGAAUAAAUAGCAAGCUACUUUUCAGUCUUUUCUUUCCUGCAAGAGAUAUAGCAAUCUAUUGGCAAGGUGUACCACAAUGGGCUCCGUGUUUCAGCAUUGCACAAACUCAUUCCUUACGAAAUCUGCACAUAUUGUGGAAAAACUCUGAACCAACGUGAG